GGGACGGGAGGAGCGAAGGGGGCCUAGAGGGCUCCGCGGAGACAGUGUGUGUGAGGCUGGCGGCCGCCAGGAAAGGCGUCGGGGGUGGGCCAGCCCAAAAGGGAGUCCCGUUCCCGAACUGCCGGAGGAGGCGGCCUAGAGGGCGAACAGACAGAAGGCAGGGAGGGUCAGCAUGCCCCCGAUGCUGCUCCCCGCCCUGCCGCUGCUCCUGGGCGCCACGCUGACCUUCCGGGCGCUCCGGCACGCGCUCUGUCGCCUGGCCCUACCGGCGCACGUGCGCGCCGACCCCCUGCGCACCUGGCGCUGGCACAACCUGCUCGUCUCCUUCGCCCAUUCCAUUGUGUCAGGGAUCUGGGCGCUGCUGUGUAUAUGGCAGACCCCGGAGAUGCUGGUAGAGAUUGAAACAGCAUGGUCGCUUUCUGGCUAUCUCCUCGUUUGUUUCUCUGCAGGGUAUUUCAUCCACGACACGGUGGAUAUCGUGGUUAGUCAUCAAUCACGGGCUUCUUGGGAAUACCUUGUCCAUCACGUCAUGGCCAUGGGUGCCUUCUUUUCAGGCAUCUUUUGGAGCAGAUUUGUUGGUGGCGGUGUCUUAACCCUGCUGGUGGAGGUCAGCAACAUCUUCCUCACCAUACGUAUGAUGAUGAAAAUCAAUAACGCCCAAGAUCUCCUCCUCUAUCGGGUCAACAAAUACAUCAACUUGGUCAUGUAUCUUCUCUUCCGCCUAGCCCCUCAGGCCUACCUCACCUAUCUCUUCCUGGGUUAUGCUGGCCAAAGGACCCUGGGAACCUUUCUGCUGAGCAUCCUGCUCAUGCUGGAUGUCAUGAUCCUCAUCUAUUUUUCCCGCCUCCUCCGCUCUGACUUCUGCCCUGAGCAGAUACCCAGGCAGAAACACAAGGACAAGUUCUUGACUGAGUGAAAAGCACAGACCCAGGGACUUGUGACAAAAAAACAGCCUCACAUAUAAACUGAGACUUCAGCCCUCACCUGAGGCGUCCUCUGGGGCCAUGCUCUCCACCUUUCACAUCUGCACCUACUAUUGAAAACCCUAAUGAAAGUACUCUUCUGAA